AGCAAACGAAUCGUCCAAAAUCAAAAUUUCGAAAGGGUUUUCGGUUUGAGCAGAGAGAAAACGAUGGGAGUGUUCACAUUCGUGCUACGCAAAUCCGGCGCCGAAUGGACGGCGAAGCAACAUUCCUGCGACAUCGAGGAGUCAUCGGAGUCCACUUUCGACAUCCAAAGAAAGCUCGUCAAUGCCGCUCGCGCCGUUGAUUCCUCCGGCGCUGUUCAGUCCUCUUUCUCUUUCGUUUCACCUUCCUCCGCCGUUUUCCAGGUGAUUGUGGGUGGUGCAGUAUUUGUUGGUGGUGGUGUAACUGCAGCUGCUGCUCCUGCAGGAGGUGCUGCCCCCGCUGGUGAUGCUGCCCCGGCUGCAGAGAAGAAAGAAGAAAAAGUUGAGGAAGAGGAGGAGGAUGAUGAUUUGGGAUUGUCACUCUUUGAUUAG